ACUCGUGUUUUUGGUUUUUCCGAUUUUGAAUUCCUAAUUGAAUAUGAAACGAACGAAUGAUACACGGAUUCAUGUCAGUCAGUACAACAGGAAUGAAUAAGGCUGUCAGAAAAAUGACGUGCGCCCUUCUCCUAUCUGUCACAUGUGCACAGCUGCGUGACGCGCAUCGGCCAUUUUAAGUUGUUUGUUCAGCGAGGAGCGCUUGUUAUUUUCCCGACAAACACAGAUCAAAGGCCCGAAACACUCGAAAGACAUUUCACCGUUUCUCUUCAUCAUUAUGGGUCCACCGCGAUGCAGAUCCCGCCGUCUGUCACCUGAGAGAACGGAGGAUUUCGGUCGGUUUGUCACUUUAUCUUGACAUGGCAUUCAGUUGUGUGACGACUGUGGAAAAGCUCGAAAACAAACGGAUACCAUCUAGCUAAGCCUCCGCGGAGGAGAGAUCAAGCCUGGCGGGUUUUUUUGCACUGAGAUCGGUGUAUUAAGACGUGGGUUUCUUGUUAGGAUCGUUUUGCAGUACUAGCUCGGAUCGCAACGGGCUUGGAGGAAAACUCGAGAAAAUGAGACACAAUUGUUAGCCAGUUAGCCAGCCACGCAUGAAAGCCAGUCCCCGCUAUCAUCGAGAUAAAUAAGGCAAAAACAAAAUGUAACCGUCAGACCUUCGAUUAAUAUUAGCUUGACUGCUCUUGUAGAUUUAAAAUCAUAUAGGACCCGAAAGAGAUGUAGCUCCCUUCAACCAGCUUGUCAGUUAGUGGCAAAAGUGUGUAUUCAGCUAAGCUAGCAUUAGUUUGCUAGCCAGCCACACAAUAAAAGCCUCCAAAUGGCACUCCACUGUGGCAGGACAGUUAAUGGGUCCAUUUUAUGCCCUUAAAUCCCAAAAUGUCCAGCAAACUCCGUGUUCUUACUCGAUGCCAAGAUCUCAUGGCAUCUGUAUUUCUCAGCCAUGGUUGUCUUUCUCACCUGUCAUUCAGAUGUGCUUUUAUGAGACGGUUUAUUAUACAAAGACAUGGAUACAAACCAGAAGAAUCGAUCCUGGAAGAGACUUUCAAAAGUCCGCAACAAUAGUCAAGUCUCUUUGUCAGCUUUUUAGAUAACGUUAAGCAAGGUUUAUUUAACUAAAGCCAGGGAUCUGACCCCUUUCACACACAAACACGUCCACAAAUCUGUUUGUAUGGAUUUUCAGUGUAGCAGGCAUUUGUGUCACCCGUCUUCUUUUCAGUGCUAAAACACAGUCGACCAUAUAACGAUUUAAUAUUUGGAUUGGGUCGUGUUAUAUGAGUGGUUUCCCUUAGUUAACACACACACACACACAAACUAAAACAGGUGUAACACACGAAAACGUAGUAAAGCAAGAAUACAGUGCAAAUUUACAUGGUUCAUGUGCGUUACCCACAUUGAUCUGAAAAUGACGAUUUGUUUUUACAAAAUGUGUCCCUUCGAAUUAGUAUGUGCUGCAGGUAGUGCUUGGUUAUAGCUUUUCUUUAGUUUUGAAAAGCCACUUAGUCUACUGUCAGGAAAACACAAAGAGAGAUAGAGAAAAAAAAAAAACAGUCUGCAUAAGAAAUAUUGUUACUGUCAGUAACAAUGGGAGACCCAAAUUCUCGAAGGAAUCAAACGAGAAACCGACUCCGAGCCCAGCUACGAAAGAAAAGAGAAUCUCUGGCUGAUCAGUUUGACUUCAAGAUCUACAUUGCCUUCGUAUUCAAGGAAAAGAGAAAGAAGUCCGCGCUCUUUGAAGUAGCUGAGGUGGUCCCUGUGAUGACCAACAACUAUGAGGAAAAUAUCCUUAAAGGUGUGAAGGAUUCAAGCUACUCCUUAGAGAGUUCUUUAGAACUUCUCCAGAAAGAUGUCGUGCAGUUGCACGCGCCUCGUUACCAGUCAAUGCGUAGAAGAAAGAAGUCCGCGCUCUUUGAAGUAGCUGAGGUGGUCCCUGUGAUGACCAACAACUAUGAGGAAAAUAUCCUUAAAGGUGUGAAGGAUUCAAGCUACUCCUUAGAGAGUUCUUUAGAACUUCUCCAGAAAGAUGUCGUGCAGUUGCACGCGCCUCGUUACCAGUCAAUGCGUAGAGAUGUGAUAGGUUGUACCCAGGAGAUGGACUUCAUCCUUUGGCCCCGCAACGAUAUUGAGAAGAUUGUCUGUCUCCUGUUCUCCAGAUGGAAAGGGGCUGAACAUGAAUCGUUCAGGCCUGUUCAGGCCAAGUUUGAAUUUCACCACGCAGACUAUGAGAAACAGUUUUUACAUGCUGUUGGUCGGAAGGACAAGGCUGGCAUGGUUAUAAACAACCCUAAUCAGUCUGUCUUUCUCUUCAUGGACAGACAGCACUUACAGACUCCAAAAACCAAGCUCACAGUUUUCAAGUUGUGCAGCCUCUGUCUCUACCUGCCACAGGACCAGCUCACCUGUUGGGGGGUUGGAGACAUCGAGGACCACCUCCGUCCAUACAUGCCUGACUAGGAGAAACGCAUGGAAGACACCCUUCAAUCUACACAUCCCUCAGUUGAAUAGAAUUGAACUUGUGCUUGGAACUCUCCUUUUUGUUAACCACUCAUUUUCAUCUUGAGAUUAAUUUAGUUUUUUUUUUUUUUUAACCCCUCUUUCAACCAAUCUUGGUUUGGUUCACCUCAUUUACCCUCUGUUUGAUCUUCUUUUUUUUUUUUUUUUUUUACUUGCAUGAACAUUGACUUUGAGUGGUUGUUUUCUUGGAGCUGCACCGUCAAUAAUACCAGUCACAAAAGGAACUCUACGUUAAGGGAAAAACCUACAAAAUGACAAGAAAAAAAAUGGAAACCAAUGACAGAGGUCUCUUAAAUGUGUUCCUCUUGUGUUGGAAUGGCUUUAACAUCAGUGUCAUGAGGGAUAGCUAUAUUGUCUCUAUUAUUGGGAAAAUUAUAGUACUAGGGAUUUCAUGAGUAAUGACAACCAGUGACAAAGAGCCUGGGUAGUCUUCCUCUAAAGGCUUCUAUUUAGAAGGUGAUCAGUAGAACUCAUUUGGUGUAGGCAUUGCUUCUCAUUCUGUGGUACUGCCUUAGUUUUUGCUGGACAUUUUAAUUUGAGUGUUAUUCCUUGCCAAUAAUAUGACAGACCUUAUUUUGAUAUAUUUUAUAAUAUCUGGAGGUGUGGUGCCUGAAGGGGACAGAGGUGAGUGGCAUGAUGUAUGUCUAAGAACCUUGACAAACUCAUGUCUUUUGGAGGAAUUCUGACGCUGUUUUUUUCUUCUUGGGGUUGGGAUGGUAAUUGUCACCAAUCAAGCACUAUAUACAUACAAGCUUCUGAUAACAGAUUUAAUCUUUGGUGGUGAGUAUGUGAUGGGAGAUGAGCUCAUGUACCUAAUAAGAAAUCUUGUGGAGAACUCAAAAUGGAUCAUUAGUUUUGUUUUUCUUUUAUAGACAACCCUGUUCUGAGAAUGAGUACUAAUUAUUGCAGUGCUUGGGGACUUGGUAACUGUAAGCCAUCUUCGUUGGGUCAUAUGGCAUAAAAUCAUUACUUUAUUUCCCACUUUGAAAUUUUAAGUUCACAGUCAGCAAAGGGAAAGGUGUAUCUUUUGUCUUUAUGUAUCCAUUGUUUGAAAUAAACAGAGCUGAACAUA